AUGCCGAUAUGCAAGACCGACUUUAUGCAUCAGACUGCGCAGAACCAACACCCAAACUAUUUUGGCGGCGGGCGGUCAUUGGGAAAGGCAGAAGAACGAACAACCGAAGGAAAAAAAAAAGAAAGAAAGAACACAGGCCUCAUCGCAGACCCCGAGAAGGAAGCAGGAAUGGUGCUGGGAAAGAGAAAGACGAAGACGAACCAAGCCAAGCCAAGCUCAAAAAACAAAAAACCCAAACCAGCCGAUGCCAGCAACCCGAAAGUGAAAAAAACGAAAGGCAAGACAAAAGAAUUUAUUGAGAUCCCAGGCUUAAACUCAAGUCGAUCGACAGAUGAUGAAGAGGAUUCAGAUGAAGAUGAGAACCGAGAUGGCAACUCCUCAGAUGAUCAGGACCUAUUGGACAAAGAUGUCGAUCUGGGCGAAGGAGCAAUGAACUUCUUGAAAGGAUUAGAUCAGAAAGGUAUCACUCGCUCAAGCAAAGAGCAAAAGCUUGAGAAUCGGAAAAAUCGACCCAAAGAAUCAUCAACCUCCACCUCGAAAUCUUACCAGCUUCUACCAAAGAUCUCGAACCAAAAUUUAGAUGAAGAGGAUGAGAAUUUGGAUGACUUGGAUGAAGACGAUCUAGCCCUUGGUAGCGGGGAUGAUGAUGAUAUAGACUUACUGAGCGACAUGCCAAGUUCUGGUUCCGGAAAUUCUUUCUCUGAUUUCGAUGAUGAAUCGACAGACUUCGAUAGUCAAGAUGAAUACUCGACAGAUAACUCAGUACUUGAAGAAGCAUACUAUGCCAAACGUAACCAGCGAGCCUCCUCAGAGGGAUCCUCGGUUCUUGAACCGACCGAAGCAAAAUUGCCGAUUCUACAUCCCGAUGGCAAAAUCCAACGGUUCCCUAAACCUUUGCCAGCCGAUAGUAGUAGGGUUGUCAAAAACAAGACAUCAGGGCAUACCCCAGCUGGUCAACUAGCCGGAGAACAGUCUUCCAAGCCGAAAAAAACAAAGCCGUCGGAUCCCUCUCUCGGUGCUCGCUUCGGCCGGAAACCACUGUCUGAGAUCUUGUCUUCCGACCUAAGUUUCAAAAAUCGAAUCCAGUGCGCCAAACUCGAGAUCGCUGGACUCUCUCAAGAAGCGAUAUCAGAUCCUGAGAUGAGCCUGGGGUCCCUUAAACGUAUUCUGGCUAUGUCUUGCCCUACGCUUAACCAGCCCCACGAGAAUCCCGAAAGUCGGAACAUGAAAAUCGACAGCCCAAUACGAAUCAUGGCUAUUUUAAGCCUUCUCGCCAUCUUCCUGGAUAUCAUUCCGGGCUAUCGAAUCCGAGCUAUCACCGACGCUGAGAAACAGGCCAAGAUCAGUCAAAUGGUGGCACGACAGAGGGAAUGGGAAGAAGGACUGGUUAGCAUUUAUCGACGCUACUUGGAAAUCUGCGAAAAGGAAGUCGUCAAGAAUACGCCAUUGUCAGCUUGCUGCCUCAAGUCGCUCUGUACGCUUCUACAAUCCAAGACUCAUUUCAACUUCAGCCACAACAUCAUGCAUAUCAUCGUACGGAAACUCGGGCAAAGAGAAUGGGAUGAGCUCUCGCUGGAAUGUACUGAGACUAUCACCGCAGUUUUCAAAAAGGAUGUCAAGGGGGAUGAUAGUUUACAACUCGUAAGACUGAUCGUUCGCACGAUCAAGUCAAGAAAUUAUUCUGUCCAUCCCGAAUUAUUAGAAGUCCUGCUUUCCUUGAGACUCAAGAAUGAAUUGUCAUCACACAUACGGGCAAGUAAUGACCGGGUGUACUCGAUGAAGGACCAGUCGUCGACAAACCAACGAGGUGGCAAGUUACCUUGGAAAGAUAGGGCGGCUCAUCAGAAAUCUAAAUCGUCCGGGACACAACCGACGGUCAUUUCGAAGAAAGCGAGGAAGAUCAUGAAAGCGAGGGCGGGGAUCGAGGAAGAGAUUGCUGAAGCCGAAGAAACGGUGAAGGUUGAAGAGAAAGAAAGAAACCAAACAGAGACUUUGAAGAUGAUGUUUGGAUGCUACUUCAGAAUCGUCAAACUACCAUAUCGUUCGGCUCUUCUGCCUGUUGCAUUGGAGGGUUUCUCGCGUUUUGCCCAUUUGGUGAAUAUCGACUUCUUUAGGGAUCUGCUCGAAGUUUUGCGGAAACAUAUCAAUGGGACCGCCUUCAACGAAUCCGACCCGAAUUCGGCCGAUCUGAAGAGUGAGGAUCAGCCGGUUCAUCAAAAGAAAUACAAUCGAAACGAGUAUAGAGAUAAACUGCUCUGUAUCGUCACGGCUUUUGAACUGCUCUCUGGUCAGGGAGAGGCGCUCAACCUAGAUUUAACCGACAUCAUCAACAGUUUCUAUGGUUUGCUGAUGGAUAUCAGCACUCUGAUCAAGCUCGAGGAGGAUGAUCUAGCUGAUCGGAAGCAAAACAAGGACAAAAAGCCCAAGAACGAGAACGAGAACCACGGGGCCAAGUCGAGUGAUCGAAACCUGAAGAGUUCGACGAGUGAGAUGGUGAUCAAGGUGCUCGACUUGAUCUUCUUCAACCGCUCGGAUCCGCCUACGCCAAACCGAGCGAUCCUCUUCUCGAAGCGACUACUGACGAUUAGUCUGACCUGCUCGGAGCCGAAUCUGGUGCUCAAGCUACUCAAAUUCCUCACCAAGCUCACCACCCGUCAGCCGGUGAUCAAGAAUCUCUUCAAGAUCUGCCCGGCCACUGACCACGCCCGGCGUGACCAUCUCGAACAGGAAGAACUCGAGUCCUCGAUCGAUCAGCUCGGCUGGGAACUGUUCCUGCUCAGAAAUCAUUGGGAUCAUCGGGUCCAGCUUGCGGUUCGCAACCUAAUCCAGUUGUGA